AUGAAAAAGAAGUAGAAAUAAAAUGAGAAAUUCAUCACUCAACUUAAAUCACAAUAUGAUGAUAUAUUUUAAGAUUAGAAAACUGAACAAUAAUCUUAUUCUCAAAUCCAAAAAAAAGAAUAAUAAUAAAAUAGAACUAAUAUUCUUAUAAUCUUCGCAAAUAAAUAAUUAGAUUAACAAUAAUAAAAUUAAACUCUAAUUUAAUAACCGAAUUCUGUGGCAAAAAGAUCUUGGCACAAAAAAAUGGAUAAUUUAAUUAAUCCAUCAGAUAUGAAAGAUGGCAAAUUCUCAGAAUAAGAAAAGGAAAACAUUAUGUAGAUUGUGCAUAAUUAUUAAGCUUAAAAUAAUUUAACUGAUUAGCAAUUAAAGGAUUACAUUGAAUUAAAAACUUUAGGGCACUCAAAGAUUUGGCUUGAAAUUACAAAAUAUAUACCAUCAAGAACAGUUGAUUCUGUCUAUAAAAUGAUUCGACGUAGUUUGGAUAGUAAGAAUAGACAAGGAUACUGGAACAAGGAAGAAGAAGCUGAAUUACUUAAAUGCAUAUAAUAAUAUGGUAGGAAAUGGAGAGAAAUUAGUAAACAUAUUAAUCGAACACCUGACAAUAUUAGAAAUAAAUAUUAUUAAAUAGGAGAACACAAUCACCUUUUUAGAAACAAAUCAUAUUGGACAAUUGAUGAAUUUCUCAUUCUUGUUAAUCAUAUUCAUAUUCUAAGUGGCUAUCCACUUUUACUUCCUAAUUAUGAUUCAACACUCAAAUAAAAACUUGGAUCUGAUUAUGAAAAUAUUAAAUUUAGACUUAAUUAUAGAAAAAUGAAAGCUAAUGAUAAGGAUAUUUUUGAUUUACUCAAAACAAUUGUUAAUAUACCAUCUAAUAUUGGAGUCACUAUUAAAUGGACAGAAAUUUCAUCUGAAAUCAAAACUAAAACAAAAGAUGAUUUAAGAUAAAUGUGGUAUAAAUUAAAUUGA